AGCCACUUCCCAGAGUUUGCUGAACUGCUCUCCUCCUCGGCUGACCCGGAUUCUGAAGUCUCUCAGAGGCUGGGAAAUCCAUGGCAGUUGGCAUGAGGGUGGGCAUCAGGGUGCAGAUGAGGGCCCUUGGCAUUUGGGGGCUCCUGAGCUGGUGUUUCUUCUGUGACUGGGCCUUGGCUGGUCCCCGAGACUCUCGCUCUCUACCUCUGCUGGCUUCCCAAGGCAAACUAGGAGCUGUGCCCACUUGGGCACCUCCAGAAGGGGCAGAGGCAGCGUUGGCUUUCCUCUACUCUGGGGAUGCCCAAAAACUGGCUGGUGCCAACUGCAGUGGGCGGUACGAGGCACGAGGAGCUGGGGGCAGCGUGGGACUCCCCCCAGUCCUGCAGGGAGCCGCGGGUACCCUGGCGCAAGCGGCAAAUUUCCUCAACAUGCUGCUCCAGGCCAAUGACAUCCGGGAGUCCAGCGUGGAGGAGGACAUAGAGUGGUACCAGGCGUUGGUACGGAGCGUGGCGGAGGGUGACCCGAAGGCGUACCGGGCGUCCCUGACUUUCAAUCCGGCUCCCGGGGCUACUGUGUCUCAGCUGGCCCUUCGAGCUACCAGGAUGGGAGAGGAGACACUCUUGCAGGAUUUAUCAAUGGCCAGAGUCCAGGAAGCAAGGUCAGCUGGUGUCGGGGUCACCUUGGGCCUAAAAAAGCGGGUGCUGAGCAAUGACCUGGGCAGCCUGGACAGCCCCAAAUGGCCGCGGGGGGAUGGGUACGUGGGUGACACAAGUCACAUUCGCCUCUCACCCCCCUUUCUGGAGUGUCAGGGAGGUCGACUCCGACCGGGCUGGCUAAUUGAGCUCUCAACUACCUUCUAUGGACUCAAGCCCGAUCUUAGUCCUGAGGUCAGGGGCUUGGUGCAGAUGGAUGUGGAGCUCCAGAGUGUGGACGUCGAUCAGUGUGCCAGCGGCCCUGGCUGGUUCUCCAACACACACCAGUGUGACCUCAAUAGUACCCAGUGUGUCUCCCUGGAGAACCGUGGCUUCGUCCUUGGUCGCUACCUCUGCCGCUGCCGACCAGGCUUCUAUGGACCCAGUCUUUCCAUGGGGGCAGGUGACAGCAAUGCAGAGCCCACAGGACAGUAUAGGGCUCUCCGAGGCAGCCCCAGUCAGCUGAUUCGGUGCCAACCGUGCCCAGAAGGCUGUGCCAGCUGUGUGGAUGCCACACCGUGCCUGGUGGAGGAGACACAGGUGCUCAGAGCAGCUGUGUUGGUUUGCCAAGCUUGCUGCAUGUUGGCCGUCUUUCUCAGCAUGCUGAUUUCCUACCACUGCCGCAGGAGCAAGACCAUCAGAGCAUCUGGGGUCCUCUUACUGGAAACCAUCCUAUUUGGAUCUCUGUUGCUCUACUUCCCUGUGUUUAUUCUCUACUUCAAGCCAAGCAUAUUCCGAUGCAUUGUUCUUCGGUGGGUGAGACUGCUUGGCUUUGUCACAGUAUAUGGCACCAUCACCCUCAAGCUAUACAGAGUACUACAACUGUUUCUGUCUAGAACAGCCCAGCGGGGCCCCCACCUGAGCAGCGGCCGGCUGCUGCGGCGCCUUGGGCUUCUCCUGCUCCUGGUUCUGUGUUUCCUGGCAGCCUGGACAGCCGGCACGCUGGAAAGGGGACCCCAGCAUGCACCCCUGGUUAUUCGGGGUCACACAGCUGCUGGCCGUCACUUUUAUCUCUGCCACUAUGAUCGCUGGGACUACAUCAUGGUUGUGGCUGAGAUGCUCCUCCUCUGCUGGGGCAGUUUCCUCUGUUAUGCCACACGGGCAGUGCCCUCUGCCUUUCAUGAGCCUCGCUACAUGGGUAUCGCUCUACACAAUGAACUUCUGGUCUCUGCUGCCUUCCAUGCUGCCAGGUUUGCCUUGGUUCCCUCUUUACACCCAGACUGGACCCUACUUCUCUUCUUUAUCCACACCCAUGGCACAGUCACGAUGACCCUGGCUCUUCUCUUUAUCCCCAAGUUCCUGACCCCAGGGAUCCCUCCCCGGGAAGAGAUUGCAGCUGAGGUCUAUGAGGAUGAGUUGGACCUGCAAAGAUCAGGCUCCUGCCUCAACAGCAGCAUUGCUUCUGCCUGGAGUGAAUACAGCCUUGACCCUGGAGACAUUCGGGAUGAACUAAAGAAGCUCUAUGCCCAAUUAGAGGUUCACAAGACCAAGAAGAUGGCGGUUAACAACCCACACCUGCCCAAGAAGAGGGGCAGCUCCCGCCGCGGCCUGGGGCGCUCCUUUAUGAGGUGCCUGGCUGAGUUCCCCGAGGCUGUGGCCCGACGGGACCUCAGCUCUCCAGGCCGGGCUAGUUUUCCUCGUUCUUCUCGGCGACGGCUCCUCAGUUCUGGGGUCCAGACGCCUGAGAGACCAUCGCCAACUCUGCGCAAAUCGCACAGCACCUACGACCACCGGAGGGAGCAGGAGCCCCCGCUCCUCGAUUCCCUUCUCCGAAGGAAGCUGGCAAAGAAGGCUUCGAGGGGGGAAAGUCGGGACUCCAUGGUCGUGCCUCCCCCACUUGGCUUCCGGUCGGCUAGUGCCCACAACCUGGCGGUGGGAGAGAGGCUCCCUCGGGCCCAGCCUGCCCCUCUGCAGAAAUCGCUCAGUGUGGUGGCUGGCUCCAGGGAGAAGGCGCUGCUCUUGGCCAGCCAAGCCUACCUGGAAGCGAGCUAUAGGCUGGCCCUGGAGCGGGAGGAGAGGCGAAGAGCAGGGGCAGAGAGCCCGGCCAGGAGGCCGUCAGCCAGGCGACUGGAGCGGGUUCGGGGAGAUUCCCUGUCGCCUCCUCUAUCACCGGCCAAGAGUAGCAGUGUGGACAGUUCCCACGGCUCUGGGAAGCUUCACGAGAUAGGCGGCAGGGGGCCACCCCCUUCCCCUAUGAAGCACCAGAUCUCCACGCCAGUCCUGGCUUUAGGUGGGACAUGCUUAGGAGAUUCACAGAUGCUCUCCCCGACUUCAACUUUGGCUCCAGCUCCAGUGCCAGCCCCAGCUCAAGACCCCAGCUUAAUGACCUAUAUUUGCCCCUGGGAAAAUGCAGAGCUACCAGUCAGGGUGGAAAGUUCAACCCAGGAAUCUGCUCCUGGGACAGGUGGAGGGGACAGCCGUCUCCCAACCCGAGCUCGGUUCUUGAGAGCCCUCUCGGUGGCCGUGGCACUGGAGAAGCGGGAAGGUGUGGAAAGUGAGGGGGCUGGAGCAGAGCAUUCAGACGUUACUGAGACUGAUGAUGAAAGGCAUAGGAUCUUUCCCAAAUCGCAUAGCGUCAAGACCCCCACUCAACAGGGUUCCAUGCGCAAUCUGGGGCUGGCCAUCAAGGCUCUAACCAAGUCCCGGAGCAGCUACAAGGAGAAAGAAAACCGGGUAGGCAGCCCGGAAAGGGUAGGGAAGGGUAAGGCUCUUGAAGAAGGUGCUGGAUUGGCCACGAGAACUGUGAGGGCAGGCCGUCCUAAACCCGUGAGCAAACAAGCAGCUUUGGCCCCUUGUGAUGAUGAGGAAUCCAUCCAGAACCAGCAGAACAUACAUACCAGUAGAAUGCUAGCUGGCUAUCCCCAGGAAGAGAGCAAGGAAAAAGAGAGCAGGCCUAGGGGACCUUCCCACAGGCCUGAGAAAGCAAAGGAGGUUGCUACUGCAAGGCAGACUAUUCAGGAUCCUGUCAGCAAGGACAAAGAUGCUGAGACAACUGAGAUGACCUCUGAGCAAGAAAGAGAAUCGAAAGGGAGAUAUGAGGGAGUUAAAGCUUGUGCUCUGCUGUCUGACAGCAGAGAUAGCAGAACAGUAGAAAUAUGUCCAUGGGAGACCAUUGAUCUAGAAGCUGAGAAAGUAGAUAGCCCAAAGGCAGAGACCUCACUCCGGCACAUGAGUAAAGGAACUUUUGAACAAGAGGAAAAGACAAAACCCCCUGAAAAAGCAGGACCCAAAGGAAUGAUAGUCACUGAUAAAAAAAAACCCGAGCAGCAGCUGUGGGAUCGAGAGGCAGUAUGUCCCUGGGAAAGUACAGACCUAGCAGGCCCCAUAUCCCAACCAGGUCCUCAGCACACUGACCAACCCAAAGAUGGCCACCAGGUAGUAGGGAGAAGAGCAGCAGAGGUAUGUCCAUGGGAAGUGACUGAGGUAGAUGCUCAAAAGCAAGAUGGUACCAAGGCAGAAAUUUGUCCUUGGGAAGCGAGUGACGGAACAGCAGAUAAAGAAAAAUUGUUACAGGAAGUAGGAAGGCAUUCCCUAGAAGAAAAACAAAUCUUCAACAAAGCAAUAAUUUCCAAAGACAAAAAGAAACUGGGUGAAGAAUGGAAAUCUCUCUGCCCAUGGGAGAGUACAGAUUUUAGGGGCCCCACAGCUAGUCCAACUCAAACUCCAGGGAUCUCAGAGUCCUCAGAGAGUGUGGGAAACAAGGUGGCUGAAGUGUGUCCAUGGGAAAUGGAAGAAGAUGUGUCUGGCAGGAAAGCUGAGGUCUGUCCGUGGGAAAUGAUUAAAACAGUUGGAAAAGGGACACUAGGCCAGGAAGCACAUGAAGAAUUGCUACAAGAAAAGGGAAAAGUCUCUGGAAAAGAGAGCUAUGGAGAAGUUGAAGAGUCUACCUGGAAAGAAGCUGAGAAUCAGGAAAGGGAGGCAGUCUGUCCUUGGGAAAGUACAGAGCCUGAGAACCUUUCCUUACAGUCAGACCCCGCUAAAGUGCUUGACAUUUCGGGGAGCAGGACUGCAGAGGUAUGUCCAUGGGAAGUCCUCAAACCAAGCAUAAGUGAGGCAGGGUCUGCCAAAGAGACAAUCUAUCCCUUAGAGAUGAGUGCAGGUGCAACAGAGAAAAGAGCAUUGGAAAAAGAUAAAGAGAAAUGCCAAGAGAACAAGGGGCAAACCAAAGAAUCAAAAGAAUUAGAUGAACUGAUCAAGACACAGGAAGCUGUCUGCCCCUGGGAGAUAUCUGCUCUCAAAACAGACCCUCAGAAAACAGACCAAUCCACAAUCAGAUACCAGGUAUCAGGUAGUAUAGAGAGCAAGGCAACUGAGAUCUGUCCAUGGGAAGUGCAGAUUAUACCUACUAAUGUGGUAGAUACAUCCUGGAAGCCUACCGAUGUAGGAAAAGAGAGAAGUGAUUUGGAAAUUGAGCUAGCCAAGGAUUCCCAUGGAGAUAAAGAAAAGGGGUUCAGAAAAUCAGGAUCCAAAGAAGCAGCCAUCCUUGCUCAGAAAAAGACAGAGAGGUUAAUCCCAGACAGGGAAGUCACUUGUUCCCAGGAGAGCUUGGAUCCAGCAAACUCCUCCUUACAAACAGGCAGCCAAGCCACUGGUCACUUCAAAGCUGGUUUGCAGGUAUUAAGCACUGUGGGAAACAAAACAGCUGAUGUGUGUCCAUGGGAGAUGGAGACAGUGUUGUCCAGUAGAAAAGCUGAGGUCUGUCCCUGGGAGGUAGGCAAAGAAACAACUGAGAAAAAGGAAUUAGGACAAGAGAUGAUUGGGGAAUACAAGGAGGAUAAGGUGGAAACUUUAAGAAAGGGGAGCUCUGGAGAGCUAGGAGGUAAAACAAAGCAAACAGUAAAACUGAGUCAAGAGCAGGAAUCUGUUUGUCCUUGGGAUAACAGCAUGCCCUUGAGGAGUCACUCGGCUCAAAGCCCGGUGACCUCCUGCUCAUCUGACAGUCAAGUAGCUAAAGUCUGUCCCUGGGAAGUGGAAGAGGACACUUCCAACAAGAAAGCUGAGGUCUGUCCCUGGGAAGUAGAACAGGACACUUCCAACAAGAAAGCUGAGGUCUGCCCUUGGGAAGUGGAACAGGACACUUCCAACAAGAAAGCUGAGGUCUGCCCUUGGGAAAUGGAAGGGAAAUGGGAACAGGGUACAGAGGGAGAACACUUAAAGAAAGCUCAGGCAAAUCUUGAGAAAGAGUAUGCUGCAAAGACUCAACUUCAUACUUGUAGAGAAGGAAUGAAACCCAGUGGAGCCAGGGAAUCCACCUCUCUGUUCAAGGAUUCAGAUUCAGGGGGUCUGUCCUUCCAAGCAGAUCCUCAGGGCCCUCUCAGCUCCCAACUACCUGGCAGUGACGGGGUCAGGAUGACUCAGGUAUGUGCGUGGGAAGCUGUUGAGCCACAAAUUGAUGCACCAGAAAAUAACACGGCAGAAAUCUGUCCUUGGGAAGGGAGUGAGGGACCAACUGAGAAAGUGACUAAGAGACAGGGUCAAGGCAGAGAAGCUCAAGAGGAAAAAAGAAAACCCUCUAAAAAAUCAGACACCCCAGCUAUGCCUGUCACUAAACAUAAAAAACUAAUCCGACAGCAGGAGACAGUCUAUCUGUGGGAGAGCAUGGACCUGGGGGAUGCCCCCUCCCAACCAGAUCCUCAUGAUGCUGAGGGAUCCAAAGCUGGGUCCCGGGUAUUAGCAGGCAAGGAGGGUGAGAUGAGUUCAAGCAAAGCAGAGGAUCCUCAACUCACCAGGAAAGCAGAGAUCUGUUCCUCGGAGUUGAGCAAAGCAGCAGCAGAAGGGAGCCUGGCAGAGGUUACAGCUGUGAAGUCCCAAGGACAGAAAGGAAAAACGCCCAGAAAAGGGAGCUCCAGAAAGGCUGAAGACCACUUUUCAGAAACAGAGAAGCUUAGCCUAGAAGUCUGUCCUUGGCAGAGUACAGAUUCAGGGGGCUCUUCCCUUCAACCAGACAAAAUCAAAGUCACUUGCCAGGGCAGUAUGGGGAGCACAAUAGCAGAGAUGUGCCCGGAGGAAGUCACGGAAUUAGGAGGAAGUAAACCAGAAGAUGUUCUAACAGAAAUCUGUCCCUGGAAAGGGACAGGAGCCCUGCCUGGGAAACCUGCCUGUCAGGCUUCAGAAGAAAUUAAAACAGAAAUCCCCCCAACCAUCCAAGAGAAAUCAUCUAGUCUUUCACUCUCCAGACCUCUGGGCUGUCUUCUCCCAGAAAGCAAAUUUUCUGUCCCUGAAGUCACUGUCAGUUCUUUUGAAGGUGAUGGAGGAUCCCACAAUAUUCCAGAAGUAAAGCCAGAGACUGGCCCAACCUCAGAGACUAGUAUCCAAGGUCAGCCAUCUAGACUUUCAGUCCACAUACCUCUAGGCUUUCUUUCAGAAAGCAAAGUUUCUGUCCCUAAGGUCAAUGUCAGUUCUUUUGAAGGUGAUAGAGGACUCCACUAUAUUCCAGAGAAAAAGCUAGAGGCUGUCUCAACUUCUGAGAUCAGUACCCAAGAGGUCAAAGAGCAACAGCUUCCCUCCUCAACAAAGGGUGAGGAAAGAGCUUCCCAUGAGGGUCAAAACUUGUGACUCCAGCCUACCACUUGUCUCUCCCUAGGACUGACUUCCUCAAAUUGGCCAAGUGGGUUACAAGAUUACAAAGAUGCUUUUUUCAGGAAUAAGUGUCCUAGAGUAGAAAAUUAUUGUGAUCAAAAGACAUAAGAUAUCAAUAAAACAGUAAAAAAAAAAAAAAAAAAAAAGUACAUGCCCUUUUCAAAUCCUGGCUCUCUCUUCCUAAAGAGUUGUGAAUUGGUAUUUCCCCUUCUAAAUGGGUCAGAAGCAAAUUUAUUUUAUUUUAUUCAUUUAAUUUUGGGGGGGCAAUUGGAGCUAAGUGCCCGAUGUCACACAAUUAGUUAAGUGAGACUGGAUUUGAAUUCAGGCUUUCCUUGACUCUAGGGCCAGGUACUCUAAAACUAUACUCCUAAGCAAACUGAUUUUAAAAGAAUUACUUUAAGUAAUUAUUAAAGUCAGGCCUGAAUUCUCCAGUGAUUUUGAUUCUCCAGCUAUAUAAACCACAUCUUUUCCACCUAAGUUUUAAUUUCCCCAUUUACCCUCUCCCACCAAGUGGACAAAAAUCUCUGGAGAAUUUUCCCAGUCAACAAGAAUAUGUAACACCUGUGUUAGUCAUUAGUCUUGAUUCCUCAUUUAAGUCAGUGGUGUGGGCUGAGGAGUUGGUGGUCCCUGCUGUACCUAUUUCCAAUAGAUCUAUGUUGCCGUACACAAAUGGCAUAGUUCAAAUGUCUGUAUGCACACACACACACAAAUUCAAACCAUACCAGUCACAUCCACCCUAGAAUUUCUGCUCCAUUAUACUGACAAGAGCUGUUUCACACCCAGGACAGAAAUGUCGUC